CUAAUUGGCGAAAUAUUUACAGAAAAAAUAUUGACACAUCUGGCCAGAUAAUCUGUUUCAAGUGUUGAGUGAAACAAACAAAAGAAUUGACUGGAAUCAGUAGAGGUCCCUAUUCAUUUAAUUCGCUACUUCCAUUUAACUUGGCUUAAAACCUCAGAAGACGGUUCCACGCUGAAGUAAAGUUCUAGUCUUGUUUGUAUGUUCAAGCCUCUGGGAUGACACGGACACGUGACUUUGAUAGGGGACUUAACGUCCGUCACCCGGUUAUCUGUUCGAACAACCAUGUCUUCUGCUUCACGUGCAUGGAAUCUUGGUUGAAAAACAGUGCCCAGUGUCCAACCUGUAGGACUCCGAUUACAUCUGAAAAUCCUUACAAGGAAGUGUUAGGUGGAUCAGAUGGAACAGAAAAUUGUGACAGUUCAUCAAUCAAGCGAUCCCUUCGAAAAACCAGGCUUGAACUGUUACAUAAAGAAUAUGAGGAAGAAAUUGAGUCCUUGCAGAAAGAAAUUGAAGAACUUCGUGGCAAAAAUCUGAGCCUGGAGUCACAGCUAAAGACUGUCCUCGAUCCAGUGGCACUGCCACCAGGCGGUAAAGAUGACGGUGAGAAGCAGAGCCCGAGCAAACAGAGCAGUGCUUCUGGCGUAACCAGUCAGCAGGAAUGGAGAGCCAAGCUCAAAGCAGCCACCGAGAUCUAUGAGAAAACAAAAGUGGAUUUAGACAAACUUAAGCAAGCAAACCAAAAACUUCGUAUUCAAAAUGGUGAUCUUGUGAGGGAGAAUUUGCAUCUGAAGGCUGAGGUGGAGAGUAGAUCACCACAAAAAUUUGGAAGGUUCACAGUAGCUGCCCUUCAGUCCAAAGUGGAACAGUGUGAGCGUGAGAUAAGCCGAUUGAAGAGGGCUUUGGAAAGGAGUGACAAGUACAUCGAGGAUAUGGAGUUCCAGUUGGAGCGGCUGAGGAGAAAGUGUGAACAAAGUGAUAACAAAGGUGGGAGAUUUUGUUCAGAGUCACCAUCUGGUUCUGGUCAGCUCGGAGAAAAUGGAAGUGGCGGCGACCUGUGGGACGGUCACAAUGACCUGCAGGAAAAGAGGAUUAUGGCCUUGAGGAGAAGCCUCAGUGAAAUAGAGCAGUCAUCUCUCAGCCGGUUAGAAAAUGCGGAAUCACCUUUUGCCUUCUCCUCCCACCGAAGUACAAGUCAAACUGCGUGUGAGUCUAUCGCGAAUAAACAAGCCCCUGCUGACAAUGGAGUUUUAGCUACAGCCAGUGUUGCGAAUGAGUUACAUUUCCCGAAGUCUGAUGUGAAGGACGAGGAGCGCACCUUGCCCGCGAAUGAGAGCGUGAUCCAGUUUGAACUGCCAAGCCCCUGCACGCCGUCCAUGUCACUAGGCGGACUGCACCUCGACAGCACGGACGACGAAGCCAGUCCCCUGAUGAAAAGGAGAGAUGGAGACAAGAAGUUGGGCUACUUGAGAAGACUUUGCUUUGAUGAUGCUCGCUGGAGAAAUGCAUGUUUCGAGGAGCAGAUUUUGUCAAAGCCGAAUGCCAAUGUUGCCUCUGAAAGCUUGAUGUUUUGGGAUUGUCAGUCUGGUCCUAAUAGAAAUGCCCAGAAAAAUACCUUAGGAAAAAACUUUCAGACUUCUGUGUACGAUGACACCAAACUGAAAGCUGAAAUGCCCGAUCUAAUAUGUAGUCCAGUUCUUGAUGGUGCCUCGCAUGCUGAGAACAACGGUCAACGUUCCAGAACCUCCAGUGAGACGUCAAUGGAUGCAGCCUAUCGAGAAAAGGUAUCUGAACUGGAUUUCAUGUUGGAUGAAACUGAGAAUACUCAAAAUCCCCAGUGCUCUGUGUUGUCCCAAGAUCUUUCUGACUUGGAUGUAUCUUUGUCAUCAGAUCUAGUGCAGUGUACAGAACUUUUGAAUGAAGCUGAGAAAAGAUUGGAGCAGAAAAUGAGGCAAAAUCAGCUGCUUGCCCCUGCCUCUGACAUUGGAGAUCAGAUAAAGAGCAGGGAGAAAAAUGCAGUUUCAUUGCUCACGGUAUCUUCGGUUACCUCGAGCCAAAAGGAAGAAACUUCAGAAGACAAACGGUCUUUCCCUUGCAGUUUUAGUUCUCCAUUCCUUUCAGUCCCUUCAGAAUUAUCUGUCCUCCCGCACAAGAAGCCAUCUUUGUGGAACAACUAUUUAACGGCUGAAAGUGAACCAAUGCUGGAACCAGUCAACAGGUGCCUUACCAUCAAGAGGAAGCCACCGAGUUAUGGCGAGGACUUGUCCAGUCCAUCUAAAUCCUCAAAAAAAGACUUCCUAUGUUGAAACUCUUAACGUUCCGAUUUUCUCCCCCCCCCCCAAUAGAAUCUUGAGUCCAUCUUAUCUUCGUAGUUUGUCCGCUCUCCUCCACCCCCAACUGUCUUAUUAUCAUGUAACAUAUUAUCUGGGACAGCACAAUGACGCAUCCCUAUUGGGUGCACCUUUCCUGCUUGUGAAAUCCAACAGCUGACAACAAACCUCUCAUUAAAUGGGAAGAAAGCUAUGUUCCAAGGAGUCCAUUAACAGAUAUCAGCUGUAUGUAUCAAAUGCAAUUACAAUGCUGUUUUGUACUUAAAUCAUUCAGGCUGGAAAACUACUACAAAUUGGCAAAUGAAAGUAAGCUAGGCAACUGUUUUUGAAUGCAAUACCCAGCUCAGUGUGCUUUAAGCUAAUGUGUUGAAAGUCUGGUGCUUAAUCCACAAAUAUACCAAUAUGCUUCUGAAAUUCUGUUUUUACAAGUAUUAGUGCUAAAGGGGGAGUAGUCCAUUGUUCCAUAUAGUUCACUGGUGUUCCUUUCCUCGUAUAUGGCAGUUUUGAACAUAAUUCGCAGUCCAUUCACCAUUAAUUAUUGUGAGCAAUUUAUCCUUCAAACAGUCUUAUUGGAAAAGGGUAUUUCUUGAAGUGAUCUAUUCCUUUUAAGACUAGUUGUUAUAUUUGUCAGACAACUGAGCAUAAAGAAUUAUUGGUGAAAGUUAAGGACCUCUGCAAAAGCAUUCUUGGUUUAGGAAGCAGCGUGAAUGAUACACAAAUGGGCAAAUUCUGAACGAGAGAUUCCGGAAUUUCCAAAAUUUUUUUUCAAGUUGAUUCUUGGGUACAGAAGUGGACAAAAUGUGGUCUUCAGUAAAAUCCUGUUUCCCACCAAAUGGAAUCAGAAUGAAUAUGUUGCACUGUCUGGGUUUUUCUUGCAUUAAUCAUUUAAUGUUCUAUGGAAAUAUUAAAAAAAAUCUAUUUGUCUUUGCUUAAA